CUAAAAAUUAACAUUUUGUGAUUGUGCUUUAAAAUAAAUAGAUAUUUACUCCAUUUUGAUCAGAAUUAUACUAUUUAAGUAGUUUAAAAAAUUUAAUUUUGUGGCACAAUGUCAUUCUUCGGCGGAAAUGCUUCAUUAGGUGCAACAAGCACACCGGCCAAACCUGGCGGGUUAUUCUCGUCAUUUGGCACUGCCGCAACGGCAGCUGCACCAGCUUUUGGUAGUGUAGCGACUUCAACAGCAGCUCCUGCCUUUGGUACUUCAGCUUUUGGUGCUACUGGUUUCGGUAAUGUAGCGACUUCUUCUGCACCAUCGCUCUUCGGUGGAACCGCAACCGCUACAAAUACCGCAGGGUUUGGCGGCUUUGGUACAGCCACAUCUACAGCACCUGCAUUCGGUGGAUUUGGAAAUACUGCUGCUACUAGUGCUCCCAGCUUUGGUGGGUUUGGCACAACGUCAACAACAACGACAGCUCCUGCUUUUGGUGGAUUCGGUACUCAAAGUAAUGCCUUUGGAAGCUUCGGUACCGGUGGCAGCGCGUUUGGUGCAUCUUUUGCAAAGCCUGCUGUUCAAACUGUUACACCUGGAUUUGGAGGCUUCAGUGGGGCUACGAAUUUUAUGCUUGGACAGCCACAGCAAGCUGUGCCGCAACUAUCACCAGACGAAGCUUUUGCACAGUCUAUCUUCAAUGUUUCCAUUUACGGUGAUGAACGAGACACAAUAAUUGCAAAAUGGAAUUACUUACAAGCAAUGUGGGGUACUGGAAAAUCUUUUUACUCACAAAAUGCAGUCCCUGUAGAAAUUACGCCACAAAACUAUUUGUGUCGCCUAAAAGCUAUGGGUUACAGCCGGUUGCCUGGGAAAGAUAAUAAAUUAGGAUUGGUGGCAUUGAAUUUUAAUAAACCGCUGACGGAUGUAAAAGCUCAGCAGCAACAAAUUCUUACCUCUCUGAACAGUGUUUUUGGUAAUAAACCAAAUCUUGCUAUAAACAUUGAGUCCAGGAAAGAGCAUGAGGAGAAAAAAUGUCAAUUAGUGAUAUAUGUAGAAGAGCGCUCCCAAAUGUCGCCCAAUGAAACAAAACGAAUACUCGCAACCGAAGUUUCAAAUUAUCUUAACCAGGCGAAUGUGAAAGCCCAAUUGGCAAAUCUUGGUAUUGUCGAAGUGUUGGCUUUGGUAUUACCAGAUGAGGAUCAACUUAAGGAGUAUUUAGAAAAUCCACCAAAGGGUGUUGAUCCACGCAUGUGGCGACAAGCAAAAUUAGACAAUCCUGAUGCAAGAAAGUUUAUUCCAGUACCAAUGAUUGGUUUCAAUGAUCUUAAGUGGCGUACAAAGUGUCAGGAGAGCGAGACAGAAACACAUGCAUUAUAUUUGAAGAAAGUGGAAAAGGAUUUAGCUGAGUUGAGGCAACGUCAUGUAGCUGCGACAGCAAAAAUAAUGGAACACAAGCGGAAAUUGGCAGAAUUGAGUCACAAUAUAUUAAAAAUUAUUGUCAAGCAAGAAUGUACAAGGAAAAUUGGACUAGCCUUAACACCAGAUGAGGAAGCGUUACGCACAAAAUUAGAAAAUAUGCAAGCAUUAGUUUCAGCGCCUACACAAUUCAAGGGACGCCUCAGCGAAUUAUUAUCACAAAUGCGCAUGCAAAGAAAUCAAUAUGCGUUUAGUGGCGGCAGUGAAUAUGCCAUAGACAAGGAUAGUGAAGACGAAAUGAAAUCCUUUUUGGCAAUGCAACAAAAAGCAAUGGAAGUACUUACUGAUACCGUUACAAAGGACUUGAAAGCUCUAAAAAUCAUCAUAGAAGGCAUGCCCGAAUUGGUGCGAGUUUGAUUAUGAACAUUGCAAAGAAAAAUAAAAUAAAAUAGUUUUGAUAUGAAGUAAGUAAAAAUUUAUUUAAAAUCGUUUACUAAAUUUUUGUUACAAUAAAUUCAAUAAAUUUCACUUAAAAAA